CUGUACUUGACUUCAUUGGAAUGGAAGUAGGGAUAGUCUGUCGUGGCAGCAUGGCAACGUAGGUAGACCGUUUCACUAACUCAAGUCAAAAAACCAGUUUAUUUACCGACUAUAUCCGUGGAGUGUCGCUUUGCAAGCGUACACAAUACGCAGAGCUUUUUCGAAACAUUUAAUUUAUUGCCGUCCGUGUGUCCUUAUCAGAAAUUAGUUUUAAGGCGUUUAUAUUUAAAGUUGUAAUAAAAGUAUUGUAACUUUAAUUCAAACUAGUGUCUUUUAUAAAUUUAAAAGUAGUGAUAGGUGUGUCGCAGCGUGAAUUUUGAAUCGUGAGUUUAAUUUGUGUGCACUCACGUGAAAAUACAGGUGUUUAGUUGCAUGUGCAGUUCAAACGUGUAAAAAAGAGAUGUUGAUAGAUUGCGGAACACAUCUUCAGUUCGAUUGCAUACACCAGUGAACUUCGUGUGACGAAUUCUUUGCGGACUUUAUUGAAAACAUGUCCGCGAACCCUAAUCUGCACCAGACCGUGUGCAACAAUUCCUGAUGUUCUGGUGUGAGAUCGGCUGAGAUGCAGCCAUGGCGAGCGGCAAGGCUAUGUAUUCUAUAGCCGUUGUUGUGUUCGGCUUCAUAUGUUUUGUGGUCGGUGCCAUAGCGGUGGGCCUACCAACAUGGGGCUAUUAUUACAGUUAUGAUUCUGGCAUAGAUAUCGCAUUGCAGUGGCACUCUUUCGAGAACCCGAACUACGACAAAGGCUACUUCGGGCCAUGGCGCAUGUGCAAGAGUCUGCUCUACAACAGGGAGAAAUGUGGCGACGACGUCUCCAAAUUCAGACCCUCGACUGCGGUCCACAUAGCGGGCGUAGUCGGAGCGAUCGGUACUUCUGUGCUCGGCGUGUUCUGCGUGCUGUCAGUAUUGCAGCUAGCGAUGAUCUCGUCCAAGGAGCGCGUCGGGCUGAAGUACUCCACCCUCGUCAUGCUGAAGCUGGCGCUGGCGCUGUUAGCCGCGUUGCUGUCCAUAGCCGCGGCAGGUCUGUUCGCCGUGCAGGGCGAUGACAGAGGCUUCAGGGUGACGAGAGGAGAGGCGUUCUACGUGCAGAUCGUGUGCAUAGUAAUAAACUCGCUUCUAUUCAUCAUGUCUGUCUACGACGCGCUGUUCACUCGCCGCAGCGGCGGAGACCCCACGCACGAGACCGACUCCACCACCAUCAAUAAUCCCGGCUUCAAGGAGGGUCGAGGUAUCUCGAUGACGGACGCGUCCGGCAAGCCGUACAGCAGCAACGGUCACGGUUCAGUCGCCUCCAUGAACACGACGGCCACCACGCUGACGGGCGCCUCCGAGGCCAGCAUCACGCGCUCGCCGCUGCGCUCCUCGCUGAAGAAGCCCCGCCCCGCGCCCGGCCUCGGCAUCCCCAACCCCGGCUACUCGGGCCACUCCCCCCCGCUCAACAGGAACGGCAGUCAGAAGAAGGUGCGCAUACAGACGCACAGUACUGAGGUAUAGGCGAGGCGAUACCGCACGCACGGAGGAAUUGACCGUAUCGAAUAUAAUGUGAGUCUAUUUGGGAACGAGUAGUGUCCCACCGAAAUCGGAUUUAUUGCCGAAACCAAAGGUUCGGUUUUGCUCUAGUUUCUACCGAAACCGAACCUGAUUUGAAUUAUUUUUAUACCGAAACCGUCGGGAGGACGCUCGUUCACCAGUUUUUUUACGGAAAGCGACUCUUCGGCGAAAUGGGAAUCGGCCUGUCAAUAAAUAAUAUCAAAUAAAGGUGACGUUCGGAUGUCAACUGCAGCUGCAUUAUUAUAGCAUUACUGUUGCAGCGUCGCUGUUGCCGCUGUUGUUGUCAAUUUCCUCGAUAAAUUGAAUGACGCAAUGAAUGUCAUAAUCGCGGCAGUGAUGCGGCGGCAAGCGUCACUCAUUUUAAAUUGACAGAUACAGCGGCGACAACAAACAGUAAAGGUAACAUUCCAUUUCUGACCGCAGCUGCACUACUGCUCAGCACGUCGAUGUUAUCGUCAAUUUCCAUAGUAAAAUGAAUGACAGUAACGUCGCAACAGUAAUGCAGCUGUCGUUGGAAAUGGACUGUCACCUUAAUUUAACUCCAGUUGACAUCCGAACAUCGCCUUUACGAAAGCAUGUAUGUGUCUUCGAAAGCAGAAAAGGACUAAGAAAAACUUUGGACAUUGAUUUACUUGUUUAGACAUAAAUUUAGACCAAUUUUAUACACUAAACUUAAAUUGUAACAAUUUAAGCAAUAUUUAUUUAGUGACAUGGAUAUACUUAAAUCCACAUUUACAUAAAAUAGUUAUACAACAAUUAUUUUGGGGUUAUUCCCACUAGUUACCACCAAGUUCUUACCAGUGGUAACUACUGGGAAUUAUUUUCUCACCUUUUACCAGUGGUAACUACUGGGAAUAAAAAUCCCAGUAGUUACCACCAAGCCGAGUAGUUACCACUGGUAAGAACUUGGUGGUAACUAGUGGGCAUAACCCUUAUUUUGCUACGGCAAAAUGUAACAUGUCAACUUUUGUAGUAAAUUAAACUGCAUGUAUCUGUUUUUUUGGAUCGAAACGUCAAAUUCAAUAUCUAGAACCACAUUAAACGCUUUUUAAACGAUUUUUUUUACAAAUUUGAUUGCAACUUAAAUAAAAUUUUAUUUAGAUACGAUUGUCAUCAGAUUAAAUUUGAACUGGAUUGAACUUUACCCUGGAACCCAUAGUUGUAUGAGUUUUAUAACAUAACGAUUUGUAAAGACACUUUGUUAUGGUUCCAAAGUUUUUGCCGAGUGCUCAGAUAAACACCUAAAAUUACCUGAAAAGUAAUACCUGAAGUUGAUACAUUAUUCUCAAAUACGCACCUUAGUCCUAAGGCAAACGAAACUUGUAAAUGUCACUGGUCUUACCUGACUUAAGUAAUUUAGUAGGUAUAUUUAGCUUGUAAGAUAUGCAAAACCAAGAUAUUUGCUUAUAUUUGUAAAAUGCUCGUUUUUAUACUGGGUGUUUUUUCGCCCUUAAGCCAUAUUAUGCGAGGUGGGUACUAUACUAAACAACUUCGACUAUGAGACCAACUUCAAAGUCGCGAAAAACAACAAAUAUUUUUUUACUAUUUCUUGACUGGUCCCAUAGUAAUAAAAUUUCAGUAUUGCCUAACCAUGUCACCUGUCUAACCAUCUCGGACGAUACGGCUAAGGUAUCUCAGGUAGACUCAAGUCCUAUUAAAAUCUUUUACCUUGUUUAACCUUUUGAACGCCUCUGUCAAACCCAAGCUAGCAAAUAUAAACCUUACUACUCAUAAAUAAGGUUACUUUGACAACGUAUGCUAUAGCACUUAUAAGCGUUCUUGGCGCCACAGGCACGACUUAUUACGACGCCCUUAACCUUUUGGACGCCAAUGACCUAUAUAUCCGCACCGCAGGUCCAACGCCAAAGACUGAUUAAUCGGUCACAGACCACAGAGCAAGAUAGACCUACGUGCAUAUGCAUAAAGUUCAAUUUCAGUUCUGACACUUUGGUGACGUGGCGUCCGAGUGACAGCUUUUGUGUUUGACACGGCGACGAAAAGGUUGAGGGUUCAAAGGAUUAAGCGGCAAUAUAAAUAUAAGCAAACAUCAAAAAGCAUCGCACACACUGAUGUAGAUAUCGGUUAAGUGGCAAGUGUUAAAGCACGCUUCAUACAUCAUGAAUCUCUACAUAUCUCACUAUUUACACCUUUUUAUACUGAUGACUUUAUAUCGCAAUAAAUUUAUUUGUGAAAUGGAGACCACAUAAAUGGCUUGAGAGCAAUCAAAAUGAUUCUCGUUCUAUGGUAUUCUUGAGUGAUCCGUUUUUAUGAGUAUUUUCUUGUGUACUUAUAUGAACAUGACCAAUUUUAGACGAAAUCUUGUGAAAUACAGCCACAGGGUUAUGUGGCGAUCAAAGACGAAUAGUAAAUAAUAAAGAUCUGAAUAACAAGGCAGUUGUAUACAUAUGGCGUAAUUAUAAAAGUUUUCAGUCAUUUUGAAUGGCGCUUGGCAUGGUAGUAACGCCAUUUAUUCGAUUCUUGAGUUAAAUACAGAAGAGCAACGAAAGCUGGUCAGUUUGUAUGAAAAUUUCACUAACAGUGACCCGAUUUCAUUGCUCUUUGGAGUAGAUGGAUAAAAAAGUAAGAAUAUAUUUGUCAAAAAUCUUAUCUUUAUUAUUUACUAUUAAGGCGAAAAGUUUCAAAACUAUUCGAGAGUAAAUGUCAUAGUUAUUUACAAUCAAAUAGUUGUAAGACUUAAUACCUUUUUUUACACAGUUUUAUAUACUUAAUUACGUUUAUGUAUAUUUUCGUGAACAAAGUUCUUUUCUAUAUAUUGUCUACGCGUGUACAUAGUAUAAUUAUUACCAGCACAAAGUGUUGAGAGAAUGUUUUAUACAUAUAGCUUGUUGUAUAUUUCUAUGCAAUUCAUUUUAUCACUUAACUGUAAGUUUAGUUGCAAUAUAAUGACUACUUUUAUAUAAGUUAGUAUUACACAGUAUUGUAAAUAUACAUUCCUAAAAUUAAUAAAACCCACCAGGCUUGUUACAAGAUCGUCACGUUAGUUUAGGGUAAAAACAUAUUUCGCCUUAAAAAUAUUAUUUAGGUAAUUUUAAACCUUGAGCGGUAUAAACUUAAGCAAUGCCCUUCUUGCAUUCGUGUAUACAUUUCCAAUAACCAAUUUGAGUCAGACCAAGCUAAGUUAGCAGCGAUUUUGAUAGCACAGACUGGACAAGUGUUAUUUUAAACGUCAAACUUCUAUGAAAUUAUGACGUUUACUUAAAAGCCGUAACAGACUACCGCACCGCACCGCGACCUUGGUGCGCUGCACCCAGAAGGGAGAGGGAGAAAGAGAUAUGAACCAAGGUUGCGGUGCGGUGCGAUAGUCUGUUACGGCUUUUACACUUUGCACAGUCUAUCUGUGCAGUCGGUCUGACUAUUUAUGCUGCUAUAGUUGGUCAAACCAAAUUGGUCAUGAAAUAAGAACCAAAAAAAUCAUACUCAUCCUUUUCUUUUGGGUGCUAAUGAUGUACUAGUGUAAUAGUGGUAACAGACUAUCGCACCGCACCAUGGUCAUUGUGCGACGCACCCAUAAGUAAGAGCGAGAAAGCGAUAUCUCUUUCUCGCUCUUACUUAUCGGUGCGUCGCACAAUGACCUUGGUGCGGUGCGAUAGUGUGUUACGGCCUUAAGACAAAGAUAGUGUGAUUCUCUUUGUCUAUGUUUGAAAUGAGACAGUCCUUUGACAAACUGUAAGUAUUCAUUUUCUAAUCAUUACAUUAAAAACAGUGGGCAUCAAACUUAAUCUUAACCAAAUAAAUUACGAGAUUCAGUACAUACAAUUAGUUCAUCAAACUGUAUGUUUCGUUUGGAAUCUCAAAUAUGGAUUGUCCGCCCAAAUAUCACUACUGCAUAGUACCUACAGUUAGCUAAGUAAUUAGCUUAGCACCCCUGCGUACAGUCGCCAUAUAUAUCGGAGCGGCCAAGGUGUUCACAAUAUCUGAACACGCACUCUAACGCGCUGACAAUAGAGGCGUGUUCAGAUAUUUGUGAGCGCUUAAGCCGCUCCGAUAUAUCUGAUGGCGGCUGUACAAAUAUGUAUGCAUGCUAAGCUAAUAGUUUUGCUGACUGUACAUACAAGAGGGGCUUUACUUAAGUUUUCUACCUAUAAGAGCGUCUUGUUUAGAUGUUCCGCGCUUUUUAGUUUUCCUUGAUUAUAGUAGGGAUUAUUUCAUAUGCAUUUUUGGCGAAUUAUGUGGAACAAUGGGCCAAAUAAUUAUAUGAAAAAUUUCAACAGGACGCUCUGAACCCUCUUCACAAGAGAGUUGACAAAACGAACGAAAGAACAUCUUAAAAUGGGCGAAAAAUCUGUACUUUUCCACUAAAGAAAUACGGAUUAUAGAUUCAUUAGAGCAAACUUCAUAGACGCUUUUGUUUGUUUUUGGGAUGAGAAAACACUCCGCAGAAGUAAGCAUGCGGUCUUAACGCGGUUAUGACACUAACAGCCUACCGCAAAAAAAUCGAAAUUUCGUUACCUGCCUCUCUAUCGCUCUUGCAUAUUAGAGUUAAAGAGGCAGAUAAAGAAAUUUUGAUUUACGUUUUUCGCGGUAAUGCCUCAAAUGCUAAUACGCACGCUGCUCCGGUGUGUGAGCGAGACAUUUGCACAUAUAUAGCGAGGUCCCGCUCGCACACCGAAGCAGCGAGCGUUGCGCAUCGAGUAUGAAGACCGUGUUAAGUAAUUAUUUAAUUAAUUAACGGCAUAAAGUGCCUCAUAAAAACCCUCAUACUUACUUCUACGGGUGUUCUUUCUUUCGUUCGUUUGGUCGUCUAACACUAGGCUAUACAAAAUUUUGUGCCUUAGGUACCCAACAAAAUGCAAACGUGCCUUCAACCCUUAGCCUUUACCCUAUGGUUGUUGUCUUGUAAAAUUUAAAACCUCCAAUUGUUUUCGAUAUAAUUUAGGAUAUUAAUUUUCUUUAUCCGUCCAAACUCUGGUCUUAAGAUUAGUUGAUAUUAUAAUAGUAUAUUUAGCUGUAAGCAUGAAAUGAGUGGAAUCAAAUUUUUUAUUAUUGUUAAAUUUGUUGUUGGAAUUCACUGUUUUAUAUAGGUACCAACGCAUGAGUUUCAACUUUAGUACAGUUUAUGUUGUGAGGCAAAAUAUUAUAUUUACAAUAAUAUGUGUUUUCCUUCUUUCAAGUUUUGGUGUAUAAAAACAUUUUAUAUUAUUUGAAAAUUAAAACUUGAUCCUCCUGAA